AUGUAUUUAGCGAUAUCUACAAGACCAGAUAUAGCGUAUGCCGCAAAUUUUAUGAGUCAAUUUAACAGCAACUACACUGAAGAGCAUUGGAAAUCAGCAAAAAGAAUUUUACGUUACGUCAAGGGCACAGUACAACAGGGUUUACUGUAUAAGAAGACAGGCGCAGAUUUGUAUGGUGUAGUCGAUGCCGAUUGGGGAGCAAAUUCAACAGACAGACGAUCGUAUUCAGGUUUUGCAUUUAUAUAUGCUGGGUCGUCUAUAAGUUGGGAAGCACGGAAGCAACGUACUGUUUCGCUUUCCAGUACUGAGUCAGAGUACAUCGCCAUAACUGAGGCGGCUAAGGAAGCCCUUUCUUUAAAAGGCGCUUUGAAAGAGGUGGGAAUUGAGUGUACCAGCGUAAAGUUAUUUAACGAUAACCAGAGUGCACAAAAGCUAGCAGUAUCUUCGAAUUUCCACCCUCGGACGAAGCAUAUUGAUGUACGGCAUCAUUUUAUCCGAGACUGCGUACGAGAUAAGGCAAUUACACUAGAGUAUAUGUCAACACUGAAAAUGCCAGCGGACAUAUUAACCAAGGGUCUUACGGAACUGAAGCAUAGUAAUUGUUCAUCAAGUUUGGGCCUUACCGAAUGCAAUCAAGAAGAAGAAUAA